GACUGAGCCACAGUUCAGACAAUUGGAAGAGGAAGUGGUGUUGGUGAGUGCAUGGGUGUGGUUGGUUAGCAGUUAGCCGCCAGCCUCAGUGACGGAGGAGAGAAGCUCGGAGGAUGCUGCUGCUGUGGAUGAAUCUCUGGAGCCGGGCGCCUCGCAGGAUGGAUACUAAGAUUUAUUUGACUUCAUUGACCUUCUUCCUGUUUGUCACAUUAAAAGUGUCAACGGCUCAGACUUCCACACCCGCGGAUCAAACAGAGGCUCUGAGCAUCAAUAAGGCGAAGCUAACAGGAACGCCUCCUGCUACAGCUCCCACUGCAGGAAGAAGCAGGUCGACCAGAGAUGCUGCCUCCUCGCCGGAAACCUUCGCCUCUCAAACCACGAGCCAACAAAACUCAAUGAACAACCCACUUAAUGUCAGCGGCACCACAUCAAAGACUCAACCUCCAACAGCUCCCACUGAGGGAACAACAACAUCACAAAAGGUGUCCACAUCCCCUCCAGUGACAUCCUCCCCAUCCACAACUGAGAAAACCACCAAAAAGGAGACCCAUCAAGCUGUUGCCUGGGAUCCGAAGUGGGACGAGGGCUUCACCUAUGAUUAUGAGUCGCUGCGCUAUGCUGGACUGAGUAUUGCAGCAGUACUGUUCAUCAUGGGCAUCAUGGUCAUUGGCUGUGGAAGGGUCUGUCGCUCGCCAGGCUGUCGCAGGAAGUCAUCGAAAUCAUAUCGAGUGGUCCAAGGGAAAGGAGAGUGAGAGCAGGUGUACGCUGAUUAAACUACAGAGCUGCAAGAAACCAACCGGGAAAAAAAAAAAAAACCUCAAGCAAAGCCUGGCAGCAUGUGUGUGAAUGUAGAUUGAGUGACUGUAUGCUGCUUGGCAACAGUGUCAUAGAAAACACUGAAUAAACAUAGAAAACAUGAUUCAAAGUGAUGAGUGAAAAAGUGGAACGGUCACUCGCUUCAUCUCUGUCAAAUGUUGUUUCUAUAAAAAUAACUGCACUAAAAAAGUAAAGUGAUUAUUUAUCUUGGAAAAUAAUAAAGAGAUUUCUCAUAUUUUAAUCACACCUUCAGCCAUGAAGCAGGCUUGUAGCUAAUGACCUUUGUAUCUUAUAACUGAUAACACAGCCAUAGGCGCUGUCUCGCAGCCAGGAUUAUUAUUAAAGGUUAUGAAGAAUUACCCUUAUAACAUCCCAUAUUUGACAAUCUCGCACAACACUUCAGGAUGUAAAACUGCAGCUAGGUCACUUCCUCUUACUGCACGCUCUUUACACUUUCAAUCUCAACAGAAACGUGAUGUUUUGUAAAGGGUGUCUAAGCCUCUUAGUGGCUCUGUGCUUGUAAGUGAGUAAAGCCCGAGAUUAAACAAGAUCCACUGGCGCAUUAUCUUUGCAUCCAUAUGGCAUCAAAAUCAUGCAGACAACAAACUGGGAGAAGCAUUUUUUAUAACAGAUUUAAUGUCAAAAUCAACAGUUCAGCAUACCUACAUAAUAUACAGGAGUUCUAAUUCUGAUCAGAACAGAAGAGUACACAAUCAAUUUAUGAUAUGACUGCAAUAGUUUCUGGUGAGUAAUGUUUUAUAUACUUUGCAAAUGAUUGUACGAUAAAAAAACAAUUAAUUUGCCCUAUACACAAUUAAUACAUACAGUAUGGAUUCAUCUGGAUACACAAGUGUAUCUUACAUUAAAGGGACAGUUCACAAUAAAAUCUAAAUAAAUA